GACUCACGCUGCUCCUUCCAUCAAUUGAACCUCUCGGCGCGCUUUUCGCUUUUCAAUUUCCUCGCCGGAUCGAAUUUCAGUUCGGGCCUCUUAAUUCGAAACGCACCACUCGAAUUUUGGGCUUUUCGAAAGUCGUUUAACUGCGCUCAGGUAAAACGCAGGUACGCCGUAAUUGCAGGUGCGUCCAGGUGGUGGCGCUCCGCACAGGUAGUUCACGCGAAGAAAAGUGGAAGGGGAGGCACCACAACAUCACAGGUACACAGGUGAGACCAACGGUGAGACACAGGUAUAGGAUGUAGAAAAAACACUCUGUGAACAAUAAAAAUUCAUACAAGGAAAUUUCGAACUUCGUCGUUCAAAAAUGUUCCUUUAUCUGAGCAAAAAGAUUGCGAUUCCAAACAACAUUAAACUAAAAUGCCUGGCGUGGAACAAGGAGCAGGGUUACAUUGCGUGCGGAGGAGACGAUGGCCUCCUGAAAAUCUUAAAACUUGAUUCAGCAAAAGACGGGAAGGCAAAAGGUCUCGCGGCCGCCUCAAAUUUAUCAAUGAACCAAACCCUGGAAGGUCACAACGGUCAAAUACAGGUGGUUGCCUGGAACGAAGUGCACCAGAAGUUGACGAGCAGUGACCAGUAUGGGCUAAUUAUAGUGUGGAUGUUGUACAAGGGAUCAUGGUAUGAGGAGAUGAUCAACAACAGGAACAAAUCGGUGGUGCGUGGAAUGGCGUGGAGCAGCGAUGGCCAGAAAAUCUGCAUUGUCUACGAGGACGGCGCCAUAAUUAUGGGCUCGGUUGACGGAAACCGAAUUUGGGGCAAAGAGUUAAAAGGCACGGCCCUUGCUGGAGUGGAGUGGUCACCAGACUCGCAGUUUCUCUUGUUUACCCUCAGAAAUGGAGAAAUUCACGCCUACGACGCUCAGGGUCUCUUCAUGAUGAAACUGAACAUUACAACUCCACCCGAAUCUGUGAUAGUUGGCAUGCAAUGGUACGGCGGCAAAAGUGGGUAUUACGAACCAAACUGCCCCGUUUUGGCAAUUUUAUUCAGCAAUGGUCAUUUGCUUUUACUCAAAGAUGCAAAUGACGACGGCAUUCUUGUGAAAACUAACAUGAGUGCAACGUGCUGCCAGUGGAAUCACAAUGGGAGUGUUUUGGCCGUUUCUGGUACAAUGACCACUGACGACGAGGAAAAUCCUACGUCGAACAUGCUGCAACUUUACUCACCCUUCGGAGAGCACUUAAGGACUUUGAAAGUCCCAGGCACACAUAUCAGCAGUUGUGUGUGGGAAGGAGGUUCACUUCGACUCGCGCUUGCCGUCGACUCUUAUAUUUACUUUGCAAAUUUGCGACCGAAUUAUAAAUGGGGCUACUAUGCAAACACCAUUGUCUAUUCCAUGAUCAAGGCAGACCGACCAGAAAUUUGCAUUACUUUCUGGGAUACUAAAAAUAAUGAAUGCUACUCGAAAUUUGUGAGCAGACUUUUGGGAAUUUCUGCAGCAGGAGACCAUUGCGUCUUGGCCACCAAAUCCGAGGAAAAUACUGCGCAAAGUGGCAAAUACGGCCUCAUUCUCUGCAAUACCAUAGGAACUCCGGUUGAUACCAAAUUCAUCGAAGUCGAGCCUUUGCACAUUGCGAUGAACCCCACGCACGUGAUAGCUGCCUCAAGAAGCGAGUUUUACGUGUGGAAUUUCAGAACGCCAAAAUCAAGAUCGUCAAUCGAGUUUGCCCGAAUGGACCGGAAAGAAAGAAUUUAUCACGUCGACGACAAUCCUUCAGGCGCCGCUGACAAAAUAAUCUCGGACAACGUUUCCUCGAGAAAUGUAAAUUUGUUCUCACUAUUUACAAAUAAUAAUAAUGAUAUGAAUUCCAUUCAGACCCUGCCAGUGGUCGACCCGAUCUGCUGCAUCGCCUGCUCAGACAAAAUGAUCCUUAUCGGACGCGAGUCGGGGGUGGUUCAGAGAUACACCCUGCCGCAGGUUGCACUCAUCAGCAGAAUCAACCUUCCAACCAGGCCAUAUAAAAUGGCUAUUAACUGCGACUCAACACGAGCUGCAAUAAUUGACGUCAAUGGGGUGAUGACCUUUAUGGAGCUUGAGCCAAGCUCCGUCGAAGGCAUUAGCGAAGCGUUGAAGGGAUUUGAGAGGCGAGAUAUCUGGGACGUCAAAUGGGCCAGCGACAACGCAGAACUUUUUGCCAUAAUGGAAAAGACCAGAAUGUAUGUGUUCCGAAACUUGGACCCUGAGGAGCCCAUCCUGAGUUCCGGAUACAUCUGCAGUUUUCAGGAUUUGGAACUAAAAGCUGUCCUUCUGGAUGAGGUGAUUCAAGACCCAAAUCCUCCUGGGCCGCACCAUCUACUGCAGCUUGAGGUUAAAUCGCUCCGAGACACAAGAGAGCUUUUGGCCAAAGUAGGCCUUUCGGACGCGUCAACCUUCAUCGAGGACAAUCCUCACCCGAGGCUUUGGAGGUUGUUGGCUGAGGCUGCAGUUGAGCAGUUGAAUUUGCAAGUUGCUGAAACGGCGUUCGUCAGGUGCAGGGACUACCCUGGAAUUCAGCUCAUUAAAAGAUUGCAAAGCAUGAACAAUGACGUUCUAAAGCAAGCCGAGGUGGCUGCUUAUUUCAAGAAUUUUGAUCAGGCAGAAAAACUAUACUUGGAUGUUGAUCGCAGGGAUUUGGCAAUUGCCCUGAGAGAAAGGUUGGGCGACUGGUUUCGAGUGAUCCAGUUGAUAAAAAUGGGCCCUGGUGGAACCGACACGCAAAUCGAGGUUGCUUGGAAUUGCAUCGGAGAUUUUCUUGCUGACAGAUACAAAUGGGAGGCGGCCAAAGAAUAUUAUGAAAAAGGAAACAAUCACGAAAAACUGGUCCAGUGCUACUACAAUUUGGAGGAAUACGAAGCUCUCGAGGGUAUCGUCAACCAACUUCCAGAGGGUCAUUCACUUUUGCCAGUUAUUGCUGACAGACUAGCUUCCGUCGGUCUUUGCGCCCAGGCUGUUAAAGCCUAUAUUAAAUGCAACUGCAUAAGAUUGGCUGUGGACACGUGUGUGGAGCUGCAGCAGUGGAGCCAAGCAGUGGCUCUUGCCGAAGAACACCAAGUUGAAGACAUUGAUGGCCUUUUGGCGCAAUACGCAGAAUAUUUGCUCAACAAGGGCGACUUGGCGCAGGCGGUGGAACUUUACAGAAAAGCAGGAUGCACGGUUGAUGCAGUCAAAAUUCUCAUCAAUUUGGCGAAAUCUGCUCAAGCGAAAAACAGUCCUUUGCUGUAUAUCAAGAAAAUCUAUCUUUUGGCGGCUCUUCUUGUGGACAAGUACAAAGAAACGAGGAGGACAAAUAAUUUCAACCAAUCUAACCGGAGGAACAUCACGGACCCACUUUUGGGAAUUGAAAAUCCGUGGAGAGGAGUUGAAGCGUAUCAUUAUCUCAUGCUGGCCCAAAGACAACUUUAUAGAGGGUUUACUGAUGCUGCUCUAAAAACAGCACUUCAGCUGCAGCAAUACGAAAACGUGUUAGAUCCUGAAACAGUCUACUGUGUAAUCGCACUCGCUAGUUGCGGAAAUAAAGCUUUUGGCACUUGCUCCAAAGCGUUCAUCAGACUUGAAGCAUUAGAAGAGGUGCCGGAAACAAGGCGUCAAAAAUACAGCGACCUGGCGAUGGAGCUCUUUACCAAAUUUGCAGUUCGAGAUUCAGGUGGCUCUGGCGCCUCAGGCAUGAUUGAGUGCCCAAACUGCGAGACCUUGGUGCCUGGAGUGAGCGUCAAUUGCCCUUCGUGCGAAUCGCCUUUUGUGACCUGCGUGGCCACCGGGUGUCCCAUUCCCGACAUCCACAGGGCCUGGACGUGUUCGACUUGCAAACACUCGGCACUCGCCUCAGAAAUGGCAACGAGAAACACUUGCCCUCUGUGCCACGAGCAAAUCCGACGGACACACUGAACAAAAGUCUUAUUUUAUUACACAUUAUCUCAUUUGACAAUACUUUUCCAUUUUCUCCAAAUUUUGCAAAAUUGCACGAAUUUAUUUUUUUUAUUACGUUUUUUAUAUGUAGCAAGAUCUCAAUUACAUGUUUACAGCAUAAAAUUUUUCAUUUUUUUUCUAUGAAAAUAAUCUAGGAAUAAAUUAAAAUAAGAACAUCA